GUUGAGAGAGAUAGAAGAGAGGUUACAUGGGUUAAAGGCAUCCACCAUAUCAAAACCACCUGUCUUAAAAUUUAAGGUUGAGAAUUUCUUCUGUAUGGGAUCUCCAUUAGCAGUGUUUUUGGCGUUGCGUGGCAUCCGUCCAGGAAACAGCGGUAGUCAAGAUCAUAUUCUGCCCAGAACCAUUUGUAACCGCUUACUAAAUAUUUUUCAUCCAUCAGAUCCAGUGGCCUAUAGAUUAGAACCUUUAAUUCUGAAACACUACAGCAACAUUUCACCUGUCCAGAUCCACUGGUACAACACUGCAAACCCUCUACCUUAUGAACAUAUGAAGCCAAGUUUUCUCAACCCAACAAAAGAACCUACCUCAGUAACUGACAGCGAAAGUGUUUCAACUGUACCGAGCCCAACUACUUCACCAGUCAUGGUUCGACGCCACUACGGGGAGUCUAUAACCAACAUAGGCAAAGCCAGUAUAUUGGGAGCUGCGAGUAUUGGGAAGGGCCUCGGCGGGAUGCUUUUCUCAAGAUUUGGUCGAUCUAGUACAACCACCCCACAAACACUUGAGACAGGAAAAGAUGGAGCUGAGGGUGACGACAAGAAAGCCACCACUGUUGGGACGCCGCCUUUGCCGCACAGCAGCUCGGGUUUUCUCGAACCU